AUGACCCUAUACACAGAGACACAAUGCUUAGAAACGCCGAACCGGCAAGUGGCGGAAACGGGUCGACCCCGCAGAAACCAAGUUUUGCCCGACGACCGUGACGUCGCUUUCUUCACUCACCACUACCCCGUAUCUGCUCGCGAAAAGGAGCACCUCCGUGUUGAGGACUUGCAGAUUGGCACGAGACCACUGACGGUUACUCAAGUCUUGAGCACCUUGUCGACGAGGACAUACGACUACGACAAGGACGUGCUUGUACGCGAAGACAGAGAGAAAGAGAAAGAGAAAGAGAAAGAGAAAGAGAAAGAGAAAGAGAAAGAGAAAGAGAAAGAGAAAGAGAAAGAAAACACGCUUCAAUUAAUCACAAUGAGAUAG